AUGGGCAUUAAAGGUCUGUUGCCUGUGCUCAAGUCCAUCCAAAAGCACUGCACUCUCAAGAAAUUCUCUGGACAGACCAUUGGAGUUGACGCCUAUGGAUGGCUACACCGAGGCGUUGUGGGCUGCGCUUUCGCCCUUGCCCUCGACAAACCGACUACUAUCCACAUCGAUUUCGUCCUGAGCCGAGUCCGGAUGCUGCUCGACUUCGGGGUCACACCUUAUCUGGUCUUUGACGGAGACAAUCUGCCCAGUAAGGCGGGGACAAAUGCUGCCAGGCGGAAGAAAAGAGAAGAGAGCCGGACAUUGGGUCUAGAACUGCAUAAGGCCGGGAAAACCACUCAAGCCCAACAAGAACUCCAGAAAGCCAUCGACGUUACCCCGCUUAUGGCUCGACAAUUGAUUGAGGAGCUGAAGAAGCUUAAUGUCCAGUAUAUCGUUGCACCGUACGAAGCUGAUGCCCAGUUGGUUUAUUUAGAACAAAAGGGUAUCAUUAAUGGGAUUCUGGCCGAAGAUUCGGAUAUGCUUGUUUUUGGUGCCCAGCGGCUAUUAACGAAGCUCAACCAAUAUGGCGAAUUGGUUGAGAUUGAACGGUCAGACUUCCCCAUGUGCAAAGACAUCUCUCUUGCUGGCUGGACCAACUCGAUGUUCCGACGGAUGGCUAUCCUCAGCGGCUGCGACUAUCUGCCCAAUAUUGGCAAGUUGGGUCUGAAGACAGCCCACGGCCUUGUUCGCAAGUAUACCGACAUCGAGAAGAUCCUUCGGAUUGUCCAAUUGGAGGGGAAGUUGAUUGUACCGAAUGGCUACUUGGAGCAAUUUCGACAUGCAGAGCUGACCUUUCUACACCACCGUGUUUUCUGUCCAAUCACACAAAAAAUGGUGUUCCUGAACGACCUUGGUCCAGGAAUGUUGGAUUCAGACAUGCCAUAUCUGGGGCCUUAUGUGGAACCUUCCACAGCUCUUGGUGUCGCAUGUGGUGAUCUAGAUCCGUUCUCGAAGAGACCUAUUCAGCUUAACACCAAGUCUCUGGUUCGCCCGGCCCUUGGAGAGCGCAGGAGCCAGAGCUACGCGUCCGUACCAGAGCUGAAGCCGAAGAAACCGAUAGAGACAUUUUUCCAGCCUCAACGACAACCACUCGCUGAAUUAGAUCCCAACAGCCUGACUCCUUCUCCGUCGCAACAACGACUGCUGGCACGCAAUCAAAAUGCCUCUUGGGAACCUAGACUGGUCUCUUCUGCUCCUGCUUUGAGGCGAACUACCACAAUAUUGGCUGCGCUCGCAAGUGCGACAGACCGCACGGCCUUCCUGGCUAGAGCGUCAACAAUGUCGACUUUCCAGUCGACAAAGCGACAACGACUGUGUUCAGACUCAAUGGACCCCUCGCCAAUCCGAGAGCUGAAGCAAAGUCCAUUUUUCACCGCCAAGGGUGAAGAGGCCAGUCCUUUAGCCCAGAAGAUUUGCAAGAACAAGAAAAGUGUAAAGUCUAAAUUCGAAGUCUUCUCGGACCAUUGCGAUGGAGACAUGCUGCUUGAGCCUGAGAUCCAGCAGGCGGCGAGUCCUGACAAAGGAGUGGUAACGAGGAACUCGACGCAAGCAAGGCAGCGUUUGCCUCAAGGCCCUGAAUCACAUGACUCGAUACCACAAUCGUCGCCCGCUGCCAAAUCCCCAAAGCAGCCUUCACCAUCAGACAAAACUCACUCAGGCGGUGCCGAGGCUGUAAGAGAGAUCAGCCAGAACCAUGAUCCCGGCGCCUUUGAGGAUCUACUCGAAUAUCAUGUCCGGAAGCAGAACGAAUCCUUGAUGAAAACGUUCGCUUUCCAACCUCAAGAGAGCCAAACCUCUAUCAUGCGGUCGCUAGUCCCCAUGGGCUCGAGGCAGACGACAUCCUCCUCUCGGUCAGAAAUCCAGCUGCGCGAACCUAGAAAGGGGCCUAGAUCUAGAGACGUCCAGUCAUUCUGUCGGAAAGUGGAUCUGCAAAAGACCUUCAAACAUCAACCAUUAGAGGUUCAACGGUCAGCGUUGAGGUCACUGAACCAGCAAAGCUCUCGUGGGGCAUCAUCUCCGACUUUAAGCAGCCGGACUGAAACAUCAGUGGCAGAGAGGAACGGCUGCGUCUCGACAGCCGGUUGGCGAAACGAAAAGCGUGGUAGCGAGGAUGCGAUAAUACCGAACAGCGAGGAUGAAAACUCGGAGGCGGGCUCACCAGCACAGAAGCCUAAAUUUGACCUCAGUUCAUUUGCAUUUGUAUCAGCAUGA